AUGAAAAAUUUAUCGACGACUUUGUUCAUCCUAAUAGGAUUAUGUUUAACGCAUACCGUAUCAUCGGAAACAUGCAUACAAUACUUUAAUCCGCUUAACUCGAAGGAAAAUAGAGUUUUUGAUUGUCUAAUGGCAUCACCCGCACAAAAGCGACAAUUACCAACUCCACCGGCAUCGGAUAACAUGUUUAACGUGCAAUUUAAUUGUUUGGUUAAUGAUAAAACAUUGUGUAAUAAAGUUGAAAACGUAUUCGUUACAGCAGGAAGGUUUAUAACAGCGACGCUAAAUCUAAAAGCAGUAAUAUCCGUGAAUGCGACAUUUUUAAAUUUUUGUGAAGUUAACAUCGCACCAGGAAUAGAUUGUAAUAACCCGAAUAAAGUGAUCUUGGGAGCGGCAGGGCCAGCGAUGGUAAUUCCGUAUAAAGACGAAACGACCGAUAAAGUAAGGUUAUACCCACAAGCAUUAUACAAACAAUUGGGGUUACCGUCACAUCCACAAUUUGGACCAAAUGAAAUCAUGGCAGUAUUUAAUUCCGCCGCAAAUUAUUGGUUUGAAGGGGAUCCAUUGCCUAUGCCAGAAAGACAAGCUGAUAUGUUACUAGUUGUAACUCAUGAGUUGAUUCAUGGGUUAGGGUUUACAACCGCGUGGGAUGACUUGUUUGGUAUCAAUGCAUUGACGCCUGUUAUUGCUGGAAUAACAGAUGACGAUGCACCGUCAAAAGCUCCGGGGGGAGUCAUUCCCAAAGAACCAAACGCACCUGCUGGUUCAUCAUUACAAUUCCUGGAAUUAAUCUUUGAUAAAUUUAUGAUUUUGACAGCAGAUGGAAUUCAAAUGACAACACAAACUGAUGAAUUAAAUAAAUUCCAGAUUGAUGUACAAAAUAUAAAAAAUGAAGAACAGCUGGCUCAGGCAUUUAUGGCUUCACCACAAUAUAAGGUCGCUCAAGGCUUGUUUCAAAAAGCCACCACAAGUGGUUCGAUGGGUUUUAAAACAACCUCCGGUGAUGUUGUUAUAUUAGAAACUAGUCUAUUACCUUUUCAGUCUUCUUCGAGUAUUGGACACGUAGAUUUCGCGACCUAUAAGAAUUCUAGUGAUUUUUUGAUGGUAUUUAGAUCUCCUACCGCUACUCUUGGUCAAAUGAUGGCUACGGCCGGUAGCAUUGAUACCUACGGUCCUAUCGGUCCUUUAUUGCGAGGGAUCUUACAAUCGAUGGGGUAUGAAAUCAAGGAUAAAUAUGUUCCUCCUGUCGAGUUGCCAAGUGCUAAAGUUCCUAGCAACGAACCUUUUGCUAUUCAACCUGAUGAUGUUAAUGUAGGCACUAAUAAUAAAAAAAUGUCAAACAACGGCAGGAUUAAUUCACCCAUUGGCAUCAAUGUAUUAAUAAUAGCCUUAGCUUGUAUAUUAGUAACGUUGUUCAUGUAG